AUGGAAAGCACCGCACCACAGACUACCGGCGACUACGGCAUGCCGCCGCUGCAACCCCCUCCGGGCAAUCCACCAGUGGUUAGAUUUGCGCGUGGAACCAUGGAAAGCACCGCACCAGAGACUACCGGCGACUACGGCAUGCCGCCGCUGCAACUCCCUCCGGGUAAUCCACCAGCUGACUGGAGGCAAGAGAGUGUGGGCACGGGUGGGUACAUCAGUAUACCAGUCAAAUAUUGGUGGCCUACCGUGGAUAGUGCAAUUACCCCAGCUGUCGGUUACCGUUUCAACACAAUAGCAGAAGGGGUGCAUUUCUAUAUGACCUAUGCGAGAACAUGUGGCUUCUCUGUGAGGCAAGGCACACUAAAGCGAGGCCGUGAUGGCAAGGUUACAACAUGUUAUUUGUUAUGCAACCGAGAAGGCGUAAAAGGUGGCGGUAGAAGCACCCCAAAACCAGUAGAGGGUGGCAGUGGUGGUCCGAGCACUCAACGUAGGAGACGAGUAUCUAACAGGGUUAAUUGCAACGCUCGAAUUUGCAUCACAAAAGACAAAGGUGCGGGCUUCAUUGUCAGUAUUUUUGUUCCCGAACACACCCACCGCAUGUGCUCCGAGCCUUCGAAACUGUUUAUGCGAAUCAACAGAAAACUGGACGUGGCCCAGCAAGCGUUCCUUACGAAUUGUAUUAAAGUUAACGUGGGUGGGUCUAAAGGCUUCCGAUUAUACAAGGAAUCAGUGGGGUCGUUCGCCAACGUUGGUGCAACAGAAACGGAGUUCCAUAAUUUCAAACGGGACCUCCAGUCAUACGUUGCCGAUAAGGACGGAGAGAUGAUCAUUGCAAUGUUUAACCAAAAACAUGACGUCUGUGAGAACUUUUUCUUUGAUUACUAUCUUGAUGAAGGAAACCAUGUUGCGCGUCUUUUUUGGGCUGACCACACCGGGCGUCAAAAUUUUUUGAGUUUCGGUGAUGUGAUUUCUUUUGAUGCAACGUAUGGUACGAAUAGGUACAGUUUGGUGUUCAUACCUUUUACCGGAGUAGACCAUCACAAACGGUGCAUUACGUUUGCUGGUGGGUUGGUAACUCGAGAAGACACUGACUCAUACGUGUGGGUCCUGGAGAGAUUUAAAACAGCAAUGGGAAAGAGCCCCUUGUGCGUCGUAACUGAUGAAGAUCCGGCUAUGAAGAGUGCUAUUGCACGAGUACUGCCAGAGUGCCGUCAUCGUUACUGCAUGUGGCAUAUCAUGACCAAAGUGAGUGAGAAGUCAGGGGCUGAACUAUCAAAAGAUCAGAAUUUCCGUAACCAGCUUAACAACAUUGUGUGGAAUGAGACCAUUAGCAUUGAUGAUUUUGAAACGCAAUGGCAGUCAUUAAUGGAGAAGUACAACUUAACGGGGCACCGAUGGUUUACUAAAUUAUACACAGACCGGAGGUUUUGGAUUCCUUCAUAUUUUUUAGAUUUACCCAUGAGCGGUGUUCUACGUACCACCUCGCGUUCAGAAGCGGAGAACAGUGCGUACGGUAAAAACACACGCCCACAUUGUAGUCUGGUCGAGUUCUACGUGCAAUUUGAGAGCGUCCUAGAAACUCAACGGCACAGACAAAGUAAAUUAAAUGCUGAGAGUGAAGGGUCCUUGCCUGAUUUCAAAACUCCUUUAGCAUUGGAGCGACACAUGGCGCAGGUAUUUACCUUAACAGUGUUUUAUGAGCUCCAGGUAGAGAUCGAAGCUGCAUGUUUUUAUUGCAGUGUUGUGGGGAUCCAUGCAUAUGGUGAGUGCAUCCGUUACGACAUUAGAGGGGAGUACAACGUUGUCCAUACUGUUGAAUAUACCCCGUCUUUGACUAUUGCGACAUGUAGCUGCAAGUUGUUUGAAAGAUUGGGGUUUGUUUGCCGGCAUAUGUUUCUUGUGUUCAAAGAUGCCGAAAUGGUGAGCUUGCCAUCGCGGUACAUCGCAGCACGAUGGUGUAAGCAAGAAGGACUAGCUAGCUGGUGUGCUCGAUGUUCUGACUGCCCUCCUUUAGAAACUGUGCCUAGUCAGUUGUGGACUGAGAUACACAAUUGUGCCGUGAUAGUUGGAAGCAAUAAAGUGCGCCAAACGCGAAUGCUACAGGUAAUAAAAGAAUUAAGAGACGAGUUUCUGGGCGAUGGUAUGGACGUUGACCCCCCAAAAGGAAACGGUGUUGCCAUUGCAGCUUUGUGCGGUGUGGAGCCGCCGACGUCCAUAAUUAUCAAACCGCCAGCUCAAGCAAAAAACAAAGGGACCGGCAAGCGAAUUAAAAGCCAACGCGAGUUAGCUAUUGAGAGGAGUGGCAAGGCUAGCAGAAAGUGCGGGGUGUGCGGCGAGUAUGCACAUCAUAAUGCCCGCAGCUGUCCGUUGAAGUGA